CCGGAAGUGCGCACGCGCGCCGGCAAGAUGGAGGCUGCGGCUGAGCCGCUGCGGACUGUCCGCCGCCUCUCCCGCGUGCUGCUCUUCCUCUCCCAGUGCUACAUUCUCUCGGGCGAUGGAUCCUUAAAUUUAGAACAUUCGCAGCCGCUGGCUCAGUCAAUAAAGGAUCCGGGCCCAACACGUACAUUCACAGUAGUUCCCAGGGCAGCAGAAAGUACCGAAAUCCCCCCUUAUAUGACGAAGUGUCCAAGCAAUGGUUUGUGUAGCCGACUUCCUGCAGACUGUAUAGAAUGUGUGACCAAUGUCUCCUGUACUUAUGGGAAGCCUGUCACUUUUGACUGUACAGUGAAACCUUCUGUUACCUGUGUUGAUCAAGACCUGAAACCCCAGAGGAACUUCGUCAUCAACAUGACUUGCAGGUUUUGCUGGCAGCUUCCUGAAACAGACUAUGAGUGUACCAACUCCACCAGCUGCAUGACAGUGGCCUGCCCGCGGCAGCGCUAUCCUGCCAACUGCACAGUGCGCGACCACAUUCAUUGCUUGGGUAACCGGACUUUCCGAAAACUGCUGUACUGCAACUGGACUGGAGGCUACAAGUGGUCGACUGCUCUGGCCCUGAGCAUCACCCUUGGGGGGUUUGGAGCAGAUCGCUUCUACCUGGGCCAGUGGCGCGAAGGCCUUGGCAAGCUCUUCAGCUUCGGAGGCUUGGGAAUAUGGACACUAAUCGAUGUCUUGUUGAUUGGAGUUGGCUAUGUGGGACCGGCAGACGGCUCUCUGUACAUUUAGCUGUGG